AUGAAGAGAAAAACAUACAAGAGGGAAUAUGAGGUCGAAUCUAUUGUAGAUCGUAGAUUUGAUGAACAAACCAAAUCCUAUCUCUAUUAGAUCAAAUGGAAGGGCUACCCACAUUCUCAAAACACUUGGGAACCUAUUGAACAUUUAUAAAAUCCCCAUGUGAAAACAAUGGUGAAAGAGUUUGAUUAAGCCAGAGAGACUGGUUCUUCCAAAAAAUAAAUUAAUUUAGAACUCCUUAAACAAUGUUUGCUAAGGAAACUCACAGAGUUUUUAAUUAAAAAUGCCCCUCAAGAAAAUGAUUUACAGGAAAUUAUUUUAAGUGAUUUCGGCAUGUCAUCAAACGAAAACAACUCUAAUUUUAUAAUGCCUAAAUUUAAAGAGGAUACCAAAUAGACCAAUAAAAAAAUCAAUCAAUAGUUCUAAAAUGCUAUAAAUUCUUUAAAUUCCAAUUCUUGA